AUGGCCUCAACCAUCAAGACCGACCCAGAGCACCUUUCUCUGUCUCAAGCAAUGCUUCACAUGGACCACUCCCAAUCAAGGCAUAUCCCAGGACACAUGGCCUCAAGACCCCAGGAUGAUGAACUUUUGAACCAGGAUAGCUUCUCCUUGUGUUCAAGUACAGCCCACAGCGACAAGCCGUGGUCGAUGAAUGAUGUGGAUUCUCUUGACAGCAACUCCAUUGCGUCAAGCAAGCCUGAUUCUCCCGCAGUUCAGAUGCUUUCUUUCUCAUUAUCACAACAUGCUCUCCUCCACUCCGGAGUGGGCGCCAGCGACAUCAUGUACUCGGCCGGUUCCGAAUUCCAUGGUCUUCCUGAUGUUGGCGAGCCAGAUUUUUCCAAGCAGGACUUCAACCCUUACAAUUCCCUUUUUGAUUUCUCUGCGUUUGAAAAUGAUGUCAACGCCCAGAAUGGCACUCACCCGUCUUGCACUCCCGACCACGGCUCUCCUGCCGGAGAUGCCUGGAAUACCGUUGUCUCGGACAACCGAUAUAACCAGGGAUCCAUGGACCAUUACUCUGGCAAUGUUUUCAACAUGCCUGUUUCUCCUCCACUGACGGAAGCGAGCAAUGACCUCGCCGUUACAUCCUCGUGCCCCCACUCUGGAUACCCUGCUUUCAUGUCCCACGAGGAUGCCAUGCUGAAAGACAUCACAACAACCCCCGUUGGAGCCCAUGGAAUCAACCUAGGAGACCCUAUCUUCCCUCUGACACCACCUCUCAACGAACAGGAUCCCAACAGGACUAUCCGCCCGUCAAAAAGUGCGCGUAGGCCAGCAUUGCAGUUGUCCCCAUCCCAGCCACAGGUUAAGCAGGAUGCCGAGUUUUUCCCACCCCUUCCCGUCAAGGAGCCACUCAGACCAAGGUCAAAGGAUGGCAGUGAGUCGCGCAACCCGCGUGACCACCCAUUCUACUCUCUCCCCCCCCACGCCGAUGGAAAGUACUACUGCCCAUUUGCCACUGGAGACAAGGCUUGCAACCACCAAGCUACCACUCAGAAGUGUGCUUACCACAAAUACUUGGAUUCCCACCUGAAGCCCUACCGCUGCCGUGUCCCAACCUGCAUGGAUGCCCAACUCCAUUUCUCUUCCAAUGCAUGCCUGUUCCGUCAUGAGCGCGAAGCCCAUGGCCUCCACGGCCACGGAGACAACCCCCAUCUUUGCCUUUUUGAAGGAUGUGAUCGAUCCAUUCCCGGAUACGGCUUCCCCCGCCGCUGGAACCUCUUUGACCACAUGAGGCGAGUCCAUGACUACGCCUCGUCUGAGCGCCCCAGCUCUCCGGAUGCUUCUCCCACUACUACUCAGCCCAAGAAGAAGGAAACUGCCGGACGCAAGCGCAGAGUCACUGGUGUCAGCGGUGCUCAGACUAUGAAGCGCACUCGCUCCACCCAGUCCCAGACCAACCCCUUGAAGGCCCUCCAGCAGACCACCGUCCACCACGGCCAGAACAUCCAGGCCGCUGAGCGGAACUACUUCAACUGCCACCGCCGCCUGCUUGAGCAGCUCGGCAGCAUCACCCCCCAGGACUCCGCCAUGCAUGACAAGGUUAAUGCCAGUCUCCAAGAACUCAUUACCCUUGGAAUCACCUACCGCCAGGCCCAAGCCAGCCAGGCCGUUGCCCAGAUCGCGAAUGGAAUCCCCGCUUGA